CGAGUUGAAGGGUGAGUUUCUAAAGACAACGUAGCCAUUUCUAAACAAUAUAGCCGUGUAUGAUGAGAGGUCGCAAGUACAGUUCAAGCAUAGCGUUUGUUGUUCAUGGGCGGGGAAGGCGAUGCUGAUGGAGCAACUGUGUUCCACUCGCGCCUACGUGCCAAGAAAGAGGAGCGUAUGCAACAGAGGCAGGAAGAACUAGCAUUAUCUCGCUCUGCAGGGUCGCACCACAACUUCGACAUCAACACGACUGCAGACUUGAGAGAUGGUCUUGAGAGCUCCUCGCCGGGCAGAGACGUUAAUAUUUGGGGCCAAACCAAUGUACAUCGACCGGUUGCUGCGGAGGCUGAUGAAGAUGCCAUUAAGCGACGAGAGCGAGCGGAAGCCCGUAAACGCGUUAUCGAGUAUCACGGAAGUGUUUGGGAUGCAGUGAGCAGCAGCGAUGUGAAUAUGGUGUGGAGUUACUUUCUUGUUGAAGGUGCACCGAUGCUAUUGCGUCGACGACACCCAGACGCAGAGCAGGGUGGACGAACCCUACUUCACUAUGCAGCAUGGCACGGAUACCGAGCUAUCGUUGAACUCAUUUUGACCACUGGAUGCGAUGUGGACGUAGUCGACAGUGUGGCUAGUAAGACUACUGCCUUAAUUGAAGCUGCGCGUGCAGGGCACGCUGAUGUCUGUGUAACCUUGCUACACCACGGAGCUAGUCCAAGACACCGUGACAGCUAUGGGGAUACAGCAUUCCACUGGGCAGGUCGCCAAGGGCACGGCACAGUGCUAUUACAUAUGGCCCUAGAACAAGAGCGCUUGGAACCUGGGUCUACACCGUCACUCUGGGUCAUGAAGGUACCCUACUCAUGUGUGGGUGUUUUAAAACUAUUAUUUUAUCCGUCCUAUAUUGCUGGUAGAACUACAAAAGUCGGACUGUCGUGGACCUUGUACAACAGCAUACAUUCGUAGUUCCGCUGCUCCAGAAACGCUUGGGUAGCUCGUUCACUAGAGCUUUGGAGUCAGCGAAGGGGAAACGCAGGUCUCGUUUCCCAGUAAGAGUACGUUGCAAAAGCUGCUUUCUGGUUUCAAACAACGAUAUUCUCAUUCACUUAUGCACAGCAGGCCGCAGUUAUGGGAACCAGAAAGUCGAUCCUCAUCCAAGCAAACAAUCGACCCGAACAAGGUCUGAAUGACAAUGGAGUGCAAGUAGCAGAACCGCUUGAACCAGCAGCUACAGCUCUCAGCGGAGUCGAUGAGCUUGGCCUGGAUAUCUCGUCAUUCACAUACAUAUCGAGAGAUAGAUAAACAAGCUUGAUACAAGUCGUACAAGUAUUGAUACGAUAAUAAUACCACUACGAAAUGUGAUUCUCAUCGAAAA